AACACCACACAUCAUCAAACAGGUAUAACGAAUAAACACACGCAGCUCCGGAGUGCCUGACCAUAGACGAAAGAAGGGGCAACAGAGCAUGGAAUCGGUGAAGGCAACAACUCUUCCAACACACAAUGUCUAGUGCUCGCUUGCCGCACAUUGCCCGAAGACUUCAACUGUGAAGCCGAUAGAUAAACAGUGAACUUGUGGUGCUUCUGGUGCGUGUUUCCGGUAUUGAUAAAACAGUGAAGCCCGGAGUUAUUCACCUAACAGUGAACUUUUGUUAAGCUCGGUUUUGGACAGAGACGAUAUGACAGGAUUUGCUAUUUAACGCUGAUAACUGAAGAGCCAUGAUGAUGAUGAUGGAUUAUGGUUCGCAAUACGCUUCCUCGACCAUGUCUUCGGAGACGCUUUCGGGAAGCUGUGGGAGCAGAACUAAUCGGAUUCGUACCGUGAGGCUCGUCCGCCCCACGCACGGCACCCUGCCGCCCCCGAGCUUGACCUGUCGACACGGCCCCAGCUUGGGGUUCAGCGUGAGGGGCGGCCGGGAGCAUGGGACGGGGUUCUUCGUGUCGCACGUGGAGCCCGCCUCCGAGGCCCAUCGACAGGGACUAAGGGUCGGAGACCAAAUCAUCAGAGUCAACGGAUUCACCGUCGAUGAUGCCGUCCACAAAGAAGUCCUCCAAUUGAUUUCCAACCACACGCAUCUCACCUUGAAAGUGAGAAGUGUCGGAAUGAUUCCCGUGAAAGACAAGAAAACCGAUACUCUCAGCUGGCAAAUCAUCACGGACAAUUCCUCUUUGAGGUCUUCACCGCCGCUGGGAGAAAAAAUACACGACGUUAGAAUCAACAUCAUUGUGGCACCGAGGUCCAAGCUCGGCUGCGGGAUUUGCAAAGGUCCGGAGUGGAAGCCUGGCAUCUUCAUUCAGUUUACAAAAGAGGGCGGAAUAGCACGCGAGGCUGGCCUUCGACCCGGCGAUCAGAUCCUCUUUUGCAACAACGUGGACUUUAGCGACAUACCUUUUAACGAGGCUGUAAAUUUAAUGAAAACAUCGCGCCAGCUCGAUUUAAUAGUCCGUAAAUCUGCCGGAUCGGAGCUUUUUCCAGGGGAGUCCAGUGGGUAUAAUAGUUCAGCGAGCUCGGUGACGGGAGACCAGAGCCCGUCGUGGUCUGACCAGAAACGACUUUCCAUAGUUAAAGAAGAAUCUCUCGACUUGGAAGAUCGACUUGACCGACUCAAGUCGAAAAAAUGGGAAAAGAUUGGAUGGGACGACGGUGAAAGUGAAGAGAAACAGUACUUUAAGCCAACCAUCAUCAAUCUAUCCGAGAACGGGACAACAAUAAAAAACAACGGAACUGAGGAAGAGUGCCAAAGCAUCGAUAACGCGAGCAGAAACAAACUCGCGGAGCUUUGCCUCGUCUCGCAGCAGCACGAGACGAAAACCGUCGUCGUCGAAGUGCACAGAAGUAACACUGAGCAAGAAAACAAGACUGAAAACACUUUGGUCAAGAGUUCAUCGACCAGCAGUUUCGGUAGUUUGGCUAGCAGGAGCAGCACAGCCUCGAGCAGCUUAUCUAGCGCUAUCUGUCAAGAAAUACAAAGGAGAUCUGAAAAGAAGCAAAUCGAGCAAGACAAGCCGUCCAUCGACGAGCAACUCCAAAUGAAGAAAAUCCUCAAAGGAGUGACAUCGGAGAAGCAGAGCCAGCAUAAUAAGCUCAUGGACGAGUUCAAAAAAGCCCACCGGAAGAUGUUCAAAGCUCCCGACAACGAAGAUAAAACGGAUUCCGCCGCACCUGCCGUUGGGAAAGAAACUCUGGAUCGUAUCGCUGGUAAAGAAUUGUCGCAGAAAUUAUCAGAACGAUUAUCAAACCUUUCCAUGCAAGAAAGUUUGCAAGACCGACUGAACAACCGGAAUUCCACAACAACGACGCCGCCCCCACCACCACCACCGCCAAUCGCAGAAACAACCAACGGUACUCCCAACACCAACACAAUCAAAUCGAAUAAAAAGGGCAAAGCGCCCCCGGUUCCCGUCAAAACUUCCACCCUGUCGUACCAGCAGCCGCCCCCAUGUCCCACCCCCGACUACGACACCCUCAGCAUCACAUCGACGACUUCCCUACCAAAGCAGAACGGAUACAAACCUAGUCAAAACCAUUUAAACGAUUCAGUCGAAAUGGAAUCCUUGGAAUCCUUCAAGCUCAAUAACCCGGGCGGGAACAAACCCAAACCCCCCAACACAUACUUCAAAAUGUCGAAUGGCACCGCCUCCAGCACCUCCACGAUCCGCAAACAGCGCCCCGUCAGCGUCACCAUCGGAGAGUACCCCUCGGGGACCAUGCGCAAGACCCCAGGCCGGCUGGACUUCCUCCAAAACGGCACCGAAACCAGCCCAUCCCCCACCAACACCCCAAUUUCCAACCAACUGGCCUCCGAGCUCGCCCAAACCCUAAACCGGUCCAACCUGCGGAAACGCACCGAAUCGAUGGAAAAUUUGCUAAAUUGUCCGCAAAUUAAACCGCAAAGUAAUGGAUCCGUGCGCAUCUCGCUUAACACUAGCCUUGCCAAAAGCCUGGCCAAGUCCACGAACGACUUGACCAACUUGGAGAACUUCUCCAAGGCUUUUGCAAACCGCGUUACGAUUAACGUUAAUACCGGGGAUAAGAAGACGGACACACCCAACGGAAUUUUAAAAAAUGGCACGCAUAAACCGCUGAUGCAGCAGAAAAGUAUUACGUUUGGGGAAAUGCCAACGGUGAUAAAUGACCGUCCACUACAUGUGUCCUAACGCUCGGAGCCGGCCUUUGGAGGAGUGCAAUCGUGAACCAAGUGCAAAUAUCUUAUGUCUCUAAGCUGAAUAUUAAUCCUAUGUAUUGUGAAAGUGUGGCGAGUUGAUUGUGAUAAAGGCAUAUUCGGUAUGAGUAUCAUAAUAAUCCUGAAAUAACUCUGUAGUUGAUCAUAUUCGUAUGUAUGUAUGUCAUGUAAACUGUCAAUAAUGUGUAUUUUAAUCUGACGUAACGUACAGUGCAAAAUAAAGUCCUAAUCAUAA